UCGAUAAAAAGGCGUAAAGCCGUCGCCUCUCUUUAGUCUUUCCCCAUCCCACUCUUCGGCGCCUGGCACCCACCUUCCCCCACUUCGCCGGCGGGCGGCGGCGGGUGGAGUCGGGCCGGAGGAGUCGUCGCCGACGCGGCGGGAAUAGUCGGUGGAGGCACAGCCAUGGGGCACGGCGUCAGCUGCGCCCGCACCGGCGACGAGCACGACUACUUCCGCGCGGCGCAGCUCGGGGACCUCGACGCCCUGGGCGCGCUCCUCGCCGCCGACCCUUCCCUCGCCCGCCGCGCAACGCUCUACGACCGCCUCUCCGCCCUCCACAUCGCUGCCGCCAAUGGCCACCUCGAGGUGCUGUCCAUGAUCUUGGAUCGCGGGGUGCCGCCGGACGCGCUGAAUCGGCACAAGCAGACUCCGCUGAUGCUCGCGGCCAUGCACGGCAAGAUCAACUGCGUGCUCAAGCUCCUCCAAGCGGGCGCCAAUAUCUUGAUGUUCGAUUCGGUGCACGCGAGGACCUGCCUGCACCACGCGGCGUACUUCGGCCAUGUCGACUGCCUGCAGGCCAUCCUGUCGGCGGCGCAGACCACGCCGGUGGCCGAUUCAUGGGGUUUCGCCCGGUUCGUCAACGUCAGGGACGACCACGGCGCGACGCCGCUGCAUCUCGCGGCCAGGCAGGGGCGGCCUGGGGGCGUGCAAGUGCUGCUGGAGAACGGCGCCAUCGUGUCGGCUUUGACCGCUUCAUACGGCUUCCCUGGCAGCACAUCGUUGCAUCUUGCCGCUCGCAGCGGGAGCCUGGAUUGCAUCCGGAAACUGCUCGCCUGGGGAGCCGAUCGUCUCCAAAGGGACUCAGCAGGGAGAAUCCCCUACGCUGUAGCGCUGAAGCGCAACUAUGGAGCAUGUGCAGCUUUGCUAAACCCUUCAUCAGCAGAGCCCAUAGUGUGGCCUUCCCCACUAAAGUUCAUCAGCGAGCUUGAUCCGGAAGCAAAGGCUCUCCUCGAAGCAGCCUUGAUAGUAGCCAACAGGGAGAGGGAGAAGAGGAUCUUGAAUGGCACAAAGUACUCUGUGUCAUCACCUUCACAUUGCGAUGUUGAUGCCGAUGUUGUCGACGAUGCAUCCUCAGAGGUGAGCGACACGGAGCUCUGCUGCAUCUGCUUCGACCAGGCUUGCACCAUCGAGGUGCAAGACUGCGGGCACCAGAUGUGCGCGCCGUGCACGCUGGCGCUGUGCUGCCACAGCAAGCCCAACCCUACGACCCUGACCCUGCCCUCACCGGCCUGCCCGUUCUGCCGCGGCAGCAUCUCGCGGCUGGUGGUGGCCCGAACAAGCACUGCCAGUGAUCACGAGAAGCCAGCCUCCCCGCAGCUCGCCCGAAGGCAGUCGCGGCGGUCUCACAACCACAGUGAGGGGAGCAGCAGCUUCAAGGGGCUCUCUUCGGCCAUGGGCUCCUUCUCAAAGAUCGGCCGUGGCUCGAACCGAAUUGUCGACAGCGACAAUGGCAACCUUGACAAGCCUGAGCACGAUCUGUGAAGUAGAAUGCCGGCAGUACGCAAGCUGAAGCAGACAUCAUCGGCUUUCCAAGAGAAGAUGGAAAUCCAAGCAUGUGUCGUGUGGGAGCCUUCAGGGUGAUCCAAGAAAGCUAUAGAUACGAGCUAAGCUAAUUAAGUAGUAGCCAUCCGUUCUUCCUAUGUGUCUGUCUGUCUGUCUGCCUGCCCAUUCCUAUUUUUCGGCAUGCCAGGAUUCGCCUGUCUAUGCCAAUGCCAUUGUCACCAGUUACAGAUUCCUUGCCCUUGGGCAUAUGCUGAAGCCAGUAAGGUAUAGCUCUUGUGAGA